AUGUAUGCAAAAAUUAAUGCAUAUUUGGACCCAUCAGGUCUCUUAUUUGGACACAGUAAUAAACGUGAAACAUCAAAAUACGAUAUGGAAGGAGGAGAUAUCGAUGAAUCUGGUUAUUACAGUUCAUCAUACGGUUCUGGUAGUGAAGGAGGCAGUGCACCUCUUCGUUUUAUAAUUAUUCGUCAUGGAGAGCGUGUGGAUGUGACAUAUGGCGGUGGUUGGACACAACGAGCAUUUGAUCAAAGUGGUCGAUAUUAUCCUUUUGACUCCAAUAUGCCACCAUCAUUACCACAUCGAGCUAAUUGGUUAGACUAUGAUAUUGAUACUCCAUUAACUGUAAAAGGUUUAGCUCAAUCAUGGAAUGUUGGUAAUGUUCUUGCACGAUAUAAUUUACCGGUGACAGCAUGUUAUUCAUCACCUGCUUUUCGUAGUAUUCAAACAGCUGAUCGUAUUCUUGAAGGCAUGGGUCGGAAAGGACACGUUGCAUUACGACUAGAACUCGGUCUAUUCGAAUGUACAUCUUGGUAUGCUCGAUCACCAAUUAACUUUAUGUCCGAUAAUGAAUUAAUUAAUGGUGGCUUUAAUAUUGAUACAAAUUAUAGUUCGCAAAUGAAUAGUCUUCGAUUAUUAGAAAAUGAAUAUCAAUACUAUGAUCGUUCAAAAGAAACAAUGAAAAAAAUUAUCAAAUUACAUCGAAAUACAGGUGGUACUAUAUUAUUUGUUGCACAUGCACCUAGUCUUGAAGUACUUACACGACAUUUAAUGAAUGGACAACCAAGACCUGAAAGACUUGCUGAACUUGCUGGUAAAGUUGAUUAUUGUAGUAUGACUAUUAUCGAAAGAGAAUCAUCGUCAAAACCAUGGCAAUUUCGUUAUUCGCUCGAUCAACAAACUAGUUCAAACAGUUGGCAACAACAGCAGAUAGAGCAACCAAAUAGUGUUUUAACUCGUUCGAGCACUCAAAGUAUGGUAAAUCCCUCCACACCUGGUUAUCAAGCACCAGUUACAUUUAUGAACUAUUCGACGAAACCGUCAACUUCACCAGAUCAUGUUCAAUUUUAUCCACAACAAGAAGCCUAUCCACCUUAUUUUGUUCUGUAG